UUCAAGUAUUCAAUUUCAUCCUACCUAUAGAGCCUGCAGUUUCUCUGUAUACAGAUUUGUCUCUCUCUCUCUCUUAGGUUUUACGAAAUCGGUCCGAUUGAAAUUCUCGGCGAUGUCUUCGACAAGGAUGAUUGUGCUUAAGAGUUCAGACGGUGAGAUUUUCGAGGUCGAGGAAGCGGUGGCGCUAGAAUUAGAGACGAUAAAGCAUAUGUUUGGAGCCGACUGCGCUGAUACUAGUAUUCCUCUUCCAAACGUUACAUCCAAGAUCUUGGCGAAGGUGAUUGAAUACUGCAAGCGACAUGUUGAGGCGGUGGCGGCAAAGUCCGCUGACGGAGUGUUGGUUGCAGCUGACAAGAUGACCGACGAGGAGCUGAAGGCGUUUGAUGCUGAUUUCGUGAAAGUUGAUAAGGGCACCCUGUUUGAUCUUAUCUUGGUGGCAGCAAACUAUCUGAACAUAAAGAGUCUGCUCGACCUCACAUGUCAGACUGUGGCCGACAUGAUAAAAGGAAAGACUCCGGAGGAAAUCCGCAAGAUUUUCAAUAUUAAGGAUGACUUCACCCCGGAGGAGGAAGAGGAAAUUCGCAGGGAAAAUGCUUGGGCGUUUGAGUGAUAUGCCUCUGCAAAUUAAGUUUCUGUACCUAAUAGAGUAUGCUAUAAUAUGGUAGGUUUUAUUAAGAGUCGUCCAGUAAAUUCUUGGUAUCAUGUUAUGAAGAGAUCCAACUCUUUGUUGAAAUUUGUUUCCCAGUGUUAAACCUUUAUGCUUCUAUGACACUGGUACUUGGUGUUCUUUUUAAAUGCUAUAUCUUUUAUAUCUUCA